AUGCCAAGAAGACCAUUUAUGGACCGGCGGGUGAAGCUGGUAGAUCUAAAUGAGCAGAUCUGCUGCAAGCUGUGCAACGGCUACCUCAUAGACGCCACCACUAUCACUGAGUGCCUCCACACAUUUUGUAAAAGCUGUCUGGUGAAGUUCUUGGAGGAGAACAACACCUGCCCCAUCUGUCACCUUGUCAUCCACCAAAGCCAUCCACUCAAUUAUGUCGGUUUUGACAGGACAAUGCAGGACAUUGUGUACAAGCUGGUUCCCGACUUACUUCAGAACGAGAAGAAAAAAGAGAGGCUUUUCUACGAGUCGUUCGGGAAGAAAGAGCCGGAAGAGAAAGAAGAAGAAACAAAGGAUGAGUGCAUCACCAAGGAGGAUGAGGCGGACUGUCACCGUAGCGACGAGCAGGUCAAGAUCUGCCUGGAGUGCAAUACGGAGCAGCUGCGGCCGCUGCGCAAGAAGUUCAUCCGCAUCUCCGCCCAGGCCACCAUCAACCACAUCCGCAAGUUUGUGGCCAAGAAGCUCAAGCUGGAGGGCUUCCACCAGGUGGAGAUUCUAUGCAACCAAGAGAUUCUAGGCAAGGACCACACAUUGAAAUUUGUCUGUGUCACAAGAUGGAGAACAAAGCAAUAUCCCCUGAUGUUGGAAUACAGACCCAGCAUUACGCUAUGACGACGACCCUAGGGCCACGUCAUUGCACUGCCCAUCAUCAUCAUGCCAUCGUCCAACUUAAAAUGGAUUUGAAAAAGGAAAGGAAAAAUCAACAACAAAAACUCCUGGAAAAAAAUCCACUUUUUUGUACAGACACAGAAGAUUUAGAGACUAUUUUAUAUAUUUUGUGACAUUUUGAGCGGACAUUUUAUCAAGCCGAACUUUUUACGCUGGAGCCGUUUUUUGUACAUGUCAAAACCAGUGCGGCUUUGAGGUUUUUUGGGUUUUUUAAAUAAAGGAACACAAUGAUGACCUUUGACCCUUUGAGGUCAGCGAACUUGUUGGACUUGCCUUCCCCGGCUUUGAAGCUGCGUUGAGUGUAGAUAACUCCAGCUGCACACCGACUCCAAAGAGAAAACUGCAAAAAAGGUCACUAAAUCAUCGAAGAACAGCAAGCGGAUUUGAGUUUAUCUUUUUGUGGAGCUGCUGGGAUGGGAGGCACACUGCUUGUUUGAAUGUACGCUGGAAAAUAACGGCUGCUUCCUGAAGUGUUGCAUCGUGGUUUCCAGCGGCAGAAUCUGGCAUCUCCUCUCAGGGUUGACACUUUCCCUGGUAGCCAUCCAUUGGAAACCAGCUGUAUGUCCUCACGGAUCAUGCCGCCAAGUGUGGAGUGCCCUCAACAAGCCACGCGGGGAGCCAUUGUGCAGUAACAUGGAACUUGCGUUUAUUUAAAUGUGAAAUUUCUUUUUCUUUGUGUGCAAAUUGUGCCAAUGUGCGAAACUGAAUCGUGAAGUUGCGACACGACAAUUUUUGUGAUGCAAGCCACAAGCACCGCAGAAAAAUUGAAAAUGGAGCUACGAGCUGCAAUUUUGGCCCACUGUGGAUUUGGGCAGUGCCAGUGUGACAAGUUUUUGUACGGAGACGCAUGUGCUUGGGAAUAUUUGCAAUCUUCAUAUAAAGUGGAUGGUUCGUUGCAUGAGUUAUUGAAUGUGAUCAACCGCCUGGCCUCGACUAGUGGAAAUACAAGCCUGUAACGAAACCCGGCCAAACAGUCGCGAGAGGUUUUACAUGUACCAUGUUCCGUCUAUCUUGAUUGUGCUGGAUUGUCAGUAGAACACCAGAUGUAUGUUUUGUCACACCACACUGACUACUGUUACGGUCGGAGCAACAUCAGUUUUGUGCGCGGUUAUCAUUUAUGGCGAUACACGGAUGCUGUCUUUUUCCUGAAAUAUUUCGGAACACAUGGAGCUCUUAAAACUGUACAAUGCCACAAGCAAACCAGUGUCAACAAUGAUCUUUCUGAUUAACCCAAAGCUGUGAAAAAUAUUUUCUAUUCUCUGAACUGUGAACAUGAAUUUUCCACGGGAUUUCUGUGGACUCUUUCCUCAUUUGUAAGAAGUGAAGGAGUUGCCUUCUUUUGCCGAUAUGUGACGUGGUAUGUCAAAACCAGGCAGAAUUGAGCAGAGUUAGAAUGGAGAAAAAGCUGCAAAAUGACAUGAGGUGAUUUUCAGUGAUUAUGAGAUUUUUUUUAAAUGUCUGAUGCUACUAAUGUUUAAGAUGCUCUAUAAAAGUUUCAAACUGAAAUUUCAUCAACAAAGUGUUGUUUUUAAACACUUUUAGAGAGGGAUGUCACUUUACAAAAUAACAGUUUGUUCAGGAUUUUGUUCUGAAAUGAUGCAAAAUUAGCGUGACAUUUCGGACAGUCCGAUUUCAAAAUUCAAUAACUUCGUUUUGGAAUAUCCAAU